AUGGCCGACGUACAACAGAUGUUUCAUUGUUUUUACGUGCAGGAGAAAGAUCGCGACUUCCUUAGCUUUCUACGGCAUAGAAACAAUGACCCAGAACUCGAACUUGUGGAGUAUCGUAUGCGCGUGCAUACUUUCGGGAACUCGCCGUCGCCAGCGAUCGCGACAUUUGGAAUGCGUAGGGCAGUCUCGUCAGUUAAGGAAGUAUACGGUGAAGACGUGUGUAAUUUCGUUCAGGACGAUUUCUACGUCGACGACGGGUUGUUGUCUGUACCCAACGCAGAAACAGCUAUCGACACUCUCAAAAGAACACAAACUGCCAUGAUGGAAGGAGGCAACCUACGAUUACACAAAAUAUCGUCGAACAGCGCAGAGGUAAUGCAAUCCUUUCCGGAGGACGAUCUCGCUGAAAACCUCAAGGACCUUACUCUUGGUGCGGAUGUUCCUCCGUUACAACGUAGCCUCGGAAUAUUCUGGGAUGUCGCCUCAGACAUGUUUACGUGUAGAGUGUCCUCUGAAGAAAAGCCAUUUACGAAAAGAGGCGUCUUGUCUACGAUCGGAAGCCUCUACGACCCUCUUGGAUUAUUGGCACCCGUUAUAAUCAGAGGGAAACUGUUCUUCCGAAAAAUCAUGAACUUAAACCUCGAAUGGGACGAUCCCUUACCCUUAGAACUGAAAAACGAAUGGGAUCAGUGGAAAUUGUCUCUUAAGGAGUUGGAAACGCUUAACGUUUCUCGUUCGUACGCCGGAGGUCUAGCAGACAAAAGCCGCAAAGAACUACAUGUGUUCUCCGAUGCCUCCAACGACGCCAUUGCAUCCGUCGUAUAUCUCCGUACUAUCGACGCGGAAGGACAUGUCUCGUUGUCGUUUGUUCUUGGAAAGGCAAAGGUCGCUCCGUCAGGGGGACACACAAUCCCACGCUUGGAACUAUGCGCGGCCGUGUUAGGUAGUCAGAUCCUGGAAACCGUUUUAACCAGUCUUAAAACAGAAAUCGACAACAUCAAACUGUAUACAGACAGUCGGAUCGUAUUAGGUUACAUUUCUAACACUUCCAGAAGGUUUCAUGUGUACGUUGGAAACAGAGUUCAACAGAUUAGAAGUACUACAAAGCCGAUACAGUGGACGCACGUAGGCACCGAUAAUAACCCCGCCGACGAAGGGUCACGUUCCAUACGCGCGUCUAAAAUUGUGAACAGUGCUUGGCUAAAUGGACCAGUCUUUCUACUCAAAAACUCCAGCGUUUCACCGCCUUCUGUUGAGUUUGCACUCGUAGAGCCCCAUAAAGACAAAGAGAUUCGACCGGUGGUACACUCCGCGAAAAGUGCCGUAGUGAACAAAACUACCAGAAACUCGCUCUUCGUCGAGAAAUUUGAGAAUUAUUCUGAAUGGAGCUCUCUUGUGCGUGCGAUAUCGUACCUCACUCACAUCGCAAAGUCGUUCCAUACCCCCGAAGGCACGUGUAAAGGAUGGCAUUCUUGUGAUCGCCCUUAG